AGAAGAAAUCUUCAAUGGAAGACCCCCGGGGAAUAAAUGGGAAGGCUGUGCAGAAGUCCCAAACCAGUUCAGAUGUUGCUGUUUCCUCCAGUUGCAGGUCUAUGGAAAUGCAGGAUCUAGCCAGCCCACACAGCCGACUAAGUGGUAGUAGUGAAUCCCCCAGUGGUCCAAAGCUUGAUAACUCUCAUAUAAAUACCAAUUCCAUGACACCCAAUGGCACAGAAGUUAAAACAGAACCAAUGAGCAGCAGUGAGAUUGCUACUACUACUACUACCACAGACGGGUCUUUAGACAAUUUCUCAGGAUCAGCAAUUGGAAGCAGUGGUUUCAGCCCAAGACAAACACACCAGUUCUCCCCACCACAGAUUUACCCUUCCAACAGACCAUACCCACAUAUUCUUCCCACCCCUUCUUCGCAAACGAUGGCUGCAUAUGGGCAGACGCAGUUUACAACAGGGAUGCAACAAGCUACAGCUUACGCCACCUACCCACAGCCCGGCCAGCCCUAUGGAAUCCCUUCAUAUGGUGCAUUGUGGGCAGGCAUCAAGACAGAAGGUGGAUUGUCACAGUCCCAAUCACCUGGACAAACAGGAUUUCUAAGCUACAGUGCCAGCUUUAGCACACCUCAACCUGGACAAGCUCCUUAUAGCUACCAGAUGCAAGGCAGCAGUUUCACAACAUCAUCAGGAAUAUAUGCAGGAAAUAAUUCACUCACAAAUUCUACUGGAUUUAAUAGUUCACAGCAGGAGUAUCCCUCUUAUCCCAGCUUUGGCCAAGGCCAAUAUGCACAGUAUUAUAAUAGCUCACCAUAUCCCUCACAUUACAUGACAAACAGCAACACCAGCCCAACGACACCCUCCACAAACGCAACAUACCAGCUUCAAGAACCACCAUCUGGCAUCACCAGUCAAGCAGUUACAGAUCCUGCAGCAGCAGAAUACAGUACAAUUCACAGUCCAUCAACACCCAUAAAAGAUUCAGAUUCAGAUAGAUUGCGUCGUAGUUCGGAUGGGAAAUCACGUGGACGUGGCAGAAGAAACAACAAUCCUUCACCACCACCUGAUUCUGACCUAGAGAGAGUAUUCAUUUGGGAUUUGGAUGAGACAAUCAUCAUUUUCCAUUCCUUGCUUACAGGGUCCUAUGCUAACAGAUAUGGAAGGGAUCCACCCACGUCAGUGUCUCUUGGACUUCGAAUGGAAGAGAUGAUUUUCAAUUUGGCAGACACGCAUCUAUUCUUUAAUGAUUUAGAAGAAUGCGACCAGGUUCACAUUGAUGACGUCUCUUCGGAUGACAAUGGUCAAGACUUAAGCACCUAUAACUUUGGAACGGAUGGCUUUCCCGCAGCUGCCACCAGCGCUAAUUUGUGCCUCGCGACAGGGGUGCGUGGAGGAGUGGAUUGGAUGAGAAAAUUGGCAUUCCGCUACAGACGAGUAAAAGAAAUAUACAAUACCUACAAAAACAAUGUUGGAGGUCUUCUUGGUCCAGCAAAAAGAGAGGCUUGGCUACAACUAAGAGCAGAAAUUGAAGCUUUGACGGAUUCUUGGUUAACACUUGCACUGAAAGCACUCACCCUUAUUCAUUCAAGGACAAAUUGUGUGAAUAUCCUUGUAACAACUACACAGCUAAUUCCAGCUCUGGCAAAAGUCUUGUUGUAUGGAUUAGGGGUUGUAUUUCCCAUAGAGAAUAUUUACAGCGCAACUAAAAUAGGAAAGGAAAGUUGUUUUGAGCGAAUAAUUCAAAGAUUUGGAAGAAAAGUAGUGUAUGUGGUUAUAGGAGAUGGUGUCGAAGAAGAGCAAGGCGCUAAAAAGCAUGCUAUGCCAUUUUGGAGGAUCUCAAGCCACUCUGACCUUAUGGCCCUUCACCAUGCCUUGGAACUGGAGUACUUGUAGCAGCCCAGCAGCACUUUGAAACCCCAGAGCCUCCUUCUGCCCAUGGACGGUAUGCUUGUGUCUUGUGUCAGCAUUGGACUACAGAACUUUGUGAUUUCAACAUGUUGACGUACAGCUGCAAUUGGUCUUAACCCCUGCCCUUUCAGUAAAUGGAGGAGCAUGUCUUUUUCUUCAGAACAGCUGUUGACUCUGGUACUGCGAGUCCAACAAAAAUAAGCCAUGCAAAUGUUUUAACAGCUCAUCUUUACUAUAUUUGCUACCAAAAAGAUAUGGAGAAGGAAGAAACAGGAAAUAAAGGUUCAUACCUGUGAAAAAAGGACCUGCAAGUGCUUUGUAGUUUUUAAACUCUUCAAUGUGACACACGCCGUUUCUUCAACACAGCAAACUUGAUUGCACAAUGAAGACUGAGAUUUUUCAAAAUACCAGUGGAGUAAUUUUCUUCUAAAGAAGGUUUACUUUUUGGUUUCUCAUACCCAGGGUACUCUGUACAUCUUUACUUAUUUAUGAACAGACUGUAUUUUGACAUCAUAUAACUGAGGAUAUGUGUAAUAGGAAGAAAGGCUAUUGUAAGCCUUUGCCUUACGAUACAGCAACUACUUUUGAUUUUAGCACAUUACAGAGUAGUUUAAAAUAUGUCUAAUUUAAACUAAUAGGUACAUCACUGAGACAAUCAUGUACAGGAAGAAUUUUUGUGUAAAUUUGUAAUAAUGAAUGAUUCUUUUACAUAUUGUUAAGGUAAAUGCUAUUGAAAGAUAGUAAUGCCUUGUUGGUGAAGAAUGAGGCUAUGUGUGCACAAAAUGUUGUGCAGUGCCUUGUCAACACGUUGGAUAUAAAUAUGUA